GUUAACAUAGACUAGUUGCCUAUUUUACACCACCUCUCACUGGAAUCUGAGUAGGUACACACAGUCUUCUAAGCAAACAAACCCAAAAUGAAGCCAUGCUUUUGGAGCUUUGGUCUGUUGUAUUUGGGAUUUCCAGAGCCAACCGCUGACUAAUAUACUCCCACGCAUCUUCCCAGCAGAUUAUGAUGACAUUUCGAAAGCGAAAGUGAACAGAUGGGAGAGAUGAGGCACUUUGCUACCUAUUUACCACUGCUUCAGAACAAACUGUUAUAAAAGAAGACGACUCCAUCGUGCGUCGUCAUGGUCCAAAGAGUACGCGGGACUGCGGUGGGAUGCUCGGGGAGUUGCGCAACAACGCCGGUGUUUCUUUUCGCAGUUUCACUUACAACUUUCUGCAUCUGCGUCUGUGUAUUGUUUUUCCAAGCGGGGCAGAUCAGUGAGCUAAAGUCAGAGUUGAUGAAUUUAAAGACGAAAGUUGAGACGGCGGAUAUGUCGGGGCAUGCCGCUUGCUGCUGGGUAUGGGGCUGUUACAGGGACACAACAGGACAGAGUCUAAAUAGAGUCAGAAGAGAGGCCUCAAAACGUGGAAGACAGCGGCGGCAGAAUCGAACAGAGAACCGCACGCUCCUACACCUGCAGGCUUUGUCUUCUCAUUCACAGGAUGAAGAAGACCGCACAGUCAUAAAAUGGACACCUGCUUGGAGUCAAGGGGAGGGGCUAUUGGUAUCCGGGGAGACGGUGACCGUGGUGACCGAGGGUCCUUACUUCCUUUACAGCCAGGUACUCUACAGGAGCACCACCUGGAUUAUGGGUCAGGUGAUCAUCAAGCGCCUCAACGGCACCGACACAAAACUACUGAAGUGUGUGAAGCACAUGCCUACAGACGACAACAACAACCCCCUAAACAGCUGCUACACUGCUGGAGUGUUCUUCCUGGAGUCUGGCGCCGUCCUUGAGCUCUCGAUCCCCCGGCGGUCUGCCAGUCUCAUCCUCACCCCGUACUCGACCUUCUUGGGCAUGCACAGCCUCUGGUAGCGGGGGCAGAACCACUCGCUUUCAUCCUUAGACGUUUAGUGAUGUACACUCUCUCACUCUACCCGGAACUGCAAUUCAUAUUGUUUACGUUACAUACUGCUGUUGUGAUGUUGGUGUGGAUGGUGAGGGGUGCCACACUCUCUCUCAUCCCUCAGAUGAUGACACACUAAGCAACAUUUAGAGCAAUGUUUCUGGGAAACAACACCAUACGAUUUUAUUUGGAUAGGUUGUUAUCACUACAACACUUUUAUCAGAAUUACUUGGAUGAGCAGUGGACAACUUUUGUUAAUCAUUCAAUCAAAAAAUUAGGAGCCAGUCAUGGUGUUCCCCACCAACAUGAUUCAAAAAGUUUCCCUGUGUAUCAUUAUCUUUUUUAGUCCCUUGCUCACCCUUGUCCCUUGUACAUGCUCACUCUCCCUGGAAAUAGCACAUGUACAGUAUGCACCAUGCACUACACUACUACUGUGAUGCUGGGAUAUACGGCAAAGCUGGUUGAGUGAAAGCUGGUUAAUGGAAUGGAAAGGUUGUGGUAAAAUCUGAAACAUGAAUAGACAGUUGCCCAGUUUACUGAUAGUAGACCAGUUUGUUACUGCAGAAAUGUUACUAAGUUAAAGGUUUGUCAUUCGAUAACUUCUAUGCUUUACCCCCAAUAGUUCAUGUAUGUAGGCCAUUGUCAGCAGCAGAAUGUGUUUGUUGGGCUGCUUUAUUAUAAAUCUCAUUAAGGUUCCAGGAAAUCUAAAUACAGUUAUCGUUUUUCAAUUAUUACAAAGUAUAUUUUGAAAUAGUGCUGCCAAGCCCUCUGGUUGGAAUUAUACCUGAACAUAUUGCUGUUGUUGCCGAAUGUUUACUUUCACAUAAUUUUAUUAGGGGUGUUCAAUAAAGCUUGGUACUGCCUAGAGAUGUUUGCACUACAUUCAAUUGGGAAGAUACAGAUUCUCAUCUAUGUCGAUAGAAGGAGCUCAUUUAUUGGAAACUAGUCAUCCAAAACCUAGUUCAGAGGCAUAGCUCCUGGUUGUCCUUUAUGAACUGGUAAACCAUUUUCAAGACCCAAAAAAUAAGUCCAGUUGCAACUUGGUUGAGAUCCAUUUGGGAGAACUUUUGUGUCUAUCCAAAUAGUAUGAUUAUAUUUUUUUCUGGUAUGGUGCUGGGCAUCGUAGGCUCUAACUUACCAGACAGCUUGAGGUAAAUAUUCCAUCAAGAGAAAUGUUCUAGCCAAAAGCUGAAUAUUUUUGUUGGCAGAACUACUAUUGUGUAACUGUGGGCAUACAUACCCAACACAGACUUUUGAUGGUGUAUUAUUUAAUAUAGAGAAGUGCACCAUAAUCAGACUGGAAGGAAAAGUACUUGGACUAGAAACUAGUUGUAACUUUCGCAAAAUCCCUGUUGUUUUCAUUCAUCUCUAUACUCAUCUCUUCUACCUUUGUUUUGAACUCACCCUAUGGGGUUGUAUGUUGUAUCUUCUUUGCUCUGUUGCCUUGUGUUUUCUGAGGUAUGUAAUUUGUGUCUGCGUGCGUGCGUGUGUGCUAAGCUUACUAACAGGUGGCGCUAUUACCCAGAUAUUGCCCAGGGGGCACCAUUGGGCUUAGUAUGCCCCCUGAACAGCAGUAGGCACAUGGCCAGGCCAUGACUCACUUUCAUGUUGAC